AUGUCUGCAUUCAAUUGCUUUGCAGGGUGGCAGGACAAUCUCGUCUCCCCGGUCCUCCAGCUGCUCUCCUUCGUGCUCUUGGCUGGGCUCCUGGUGGCCAUCCUUGCCCACGCCUCCAAGGUCCCCAGCAGGGAGGAGCUGAAGAAGGAGCGGUCAAAUCAGGAGAAAAUCUAUCAGGAACUCAAUCAGCUCAAGACUGGAUUUGACCGUCUGUGUCGUCCCUGCCCCUGGGACUGGACAUUCUUCCAAGCCAAGUGCUACUUCUUCUCCAAGUCCCAACGGGACUGGCAUGAAUCCAUCACCGCCUGCCAGGAAGAGGGGGCUCAGCUCGUCACCGUGGAGAGUGCUGAGGAACAGAGCUUCCUGCAGCAGACUUCUAAGAGUAAAGGCAGCGCCUGGAUGGGACUCUCAGACCUGAACAAGGAAUCCGAGUGGCGCUGGGUGGACGGCUCGCCUCUGUCGCUCAGCCUCACGCAGUUCUGGAACAAAGGGCAGCCCAACAACUACAAGGGCCAAGACUGUGUGGAAUUUCGAGAUGACGGCUGGAACGAUGCCAAGUGCGAUCUCAAGAGAUUCUGGAUAUGCAAAAAGCCUGCCGCUUCUUGUUCCAGCGAGUGACGACCAGGUCCCU